CGUCACUUUCAAAGAUCAUACUAAAUCGCCGAAUUUAUUUAUGUUGAUAUUUAUCCCUUUGUAAACCUAAAACUGCUGCCAAAGUAAAAUCACAUCCCAAAAUACCCUAUUUUUGUCAAGAUGGGGCUUUAAAAUCGGUCUGUCAAGAAUUAUUCAUCUCUAUUUCCUUCCCACCAAAUAUUUCCUCUUCUCCCUUUCUUCUUUUAGUAUAAACAAACAAAACCUAGGGUUUUUCGAGAAAAAGAAAAGACGAGAUUUUUCGAUUCACUGUUGAGUUGCAGAAAGGAUUUUGCUUCUAUUAAUCAACAUAGAAGGGUGAAAUAUGAGCCAAGAGAAUCAAGCGCUAAAUCCUGCUCCAGUAGAAAACCUGCCUGUGAAGCGAAAGCGGGGUCGUCCGAGGAAGAAUGAAAAUGUGGCUCGUGAAGUUAAAGAAAGUGUUUCUGAUUCUGUACCAGAUGUGGUGAAGAGAAACCGACGUAGGAGGGAUAGAAAAGCUAGUUCAGUUGAUCCCAUGGUGGGUCAGGUAGUUACUGGUGUCCUUGAUGGUUCAUUUGAUGCUGGGUAUCUGCUAACUGUUAGAGUCGGUGACACUAAUAGAAUUUUAAAGGGUAUUGUUUUCGAACCACGGUUGUCAGUUCCAGUGUCUGAUGCAAAUGAUAUUGCACCUCAAGUUAAGAUGGUCAAAAGGAUUCAUGUCUCACUGGACAAACCAACUCCGCCUAAUGAUUAUGCUACAAAUCAAUACAAACAGAGGAGUAGAUCAAGUGGCAAUCUUCCUCCAAGAAAUGAAGUAUCUGUGCCAACAAAGCAGUUGCCUCAAAUUGCAAGCCAAGUUUCAAAUGGAGUGCUUAAUAAUGUCAACCGUGUUUCUCAAGAUACCCGCCAGGCUGUGCAGCAGGUAGAGAGUAGAACUGAAAACCAGGCGGCACAAGUUUCUCUCCAAGCAAAUAAUACUCAGAUGGUCAUUGAUGUACCACCGAAGGCUGAAACUGUUUUACCCUCUGAAACUGCUAAAACAGAAGCUGUGACGAUUCAAAUCGUUGCUGAAUUAUCCCACAUGUUGCAAGACAAUCAGGCUGCAAAGACAUCUGGCGCGCAAUUAGAAAUACAGACCAAGGUAUCAACUGAGCAGAUUCCAAGAGUAGAUGGAAUAUCUAUUAUGAAUGGAAGGUCAAGUGAGUUACAAAAAGAUGCAGAGUCAGAGCCAAAGGUCAAUCAACCAGUGCAGAAGUUAGAAACAGAUGGAACUGCCCCUGAGCAAUCUCUGUUCCCCAAAGCAGAAUCUGAAUCCCAAAUGUAUAAUGCAGCUGUAUUAUCCAACACCAAAGAUCUUUUUGAAGGCGAAGAAGGUGUUCAUCCAGUCCAGUCUCAUGCUGAUCUGUUUAGCGAUACAGAUUCCAUAGGAUGAGUACAUAAUAGGACUGCAUCCAGUGGUGUAUCUGGAUUUGAGCCCUUGCAAUCUGGACCAGGAGUUUUUUUCUCUACCGUUCAGGGCUCUUAGAAUGCUAACAAAAAGAUUCCAGUAACUCUCACUUAUUUCAGUAAUCUCUUACUGUUUAAGCUGUUGUAUCAUUUCAUUUCAGAACCAUGUUCUAGUACUUAGUAGUUAGCUUGUGUGGUUUGUACUAGGUAACGACACCUUUAAGUGCUUUAAUUUAUAAUAUGAUUAUUAAGAAACUGGUUGUUGUAAUUCUUGGAUAGAAACGUAUUCUGUAUGAAGUUUAUUUCAUUUGAAAAA